GCCAAGAGGAAAAACAAGCAGUAUCUGAAAUUGAACAGCAAUUAUUUAAAUUGAACUCAAUAAAAAGUAAAACAAAAAAAUACUGUCUUUAAAAUGAGCACUCGCCUCUGUGCCUAUAAAGACUGCCACAAUUUCUAUCAUCGCCAGGACAGCAGUGGCUGCAGCGAGGUGACGCUCUUCGCAUUCCCCAAGGAUCCAAAGCGCGCCGAACAAUGGCGUAUACUUGGCCAAGUGCAUCCCAAAAUUGGACCCAUGCAACUAUAUAUGUGUUCCAAACAUUUCGAUGCCAAAUAUUUGUCAUUGACUAGGAAUCGUCGCAUUUUGCUGGGUGAAGCACUGCCUUUCCCAUACGAAGAUCCCAAUAAAACGGAUACAAAGGAAAUGGCUGCGACAUCUUCAACUGAACAGCAGAGCUACUACAUCAACUCGACGGGCAACAAAAUUCAGUUGGCUGAAGACAAUCCCAAGGACAUUUCAUCCUCCUCUCAGCAAAGUUUCUACAUAAAUAUGGACGACGAUGAUUUAAGCAUUGAUAAAGUUAUCAUGGUGGAGUCCACGACGACGCAAGUCGUCGACCCACAAGCUGAUAUGUUUGAGAAGAUCGAGGUCAACAUCAUCCCGUCUACUCAAAAGCGCCCUCGCCUUACGACGCCACGGGAGGAGGAGGACAACGAGAAAGCGCCGCUGCCCACUGAUGAAGAACUGAUAGACACAUCGGAGGUGUCCAUCUUCAAGUUUAAGGGCGAGCAGUACGUGCAAAUGUCGCGGGAAUACUACCUGCAGGAGAAACGCCAAUUGAUGGAACAGCUGAACAGCUACAAGAGCACGUUGGCCAGCAUUAGGAAACAAUUGAUGUCAUUAAAGGAACUAUGAAACGA